AUGGGCUAUGCUUUUGACAAAUGCAAGGAGAGGCCGGCGCACAUUGACGAGAUCCUCAACGGCUUGAACCGCUAUAACCCAGAGACGACGACCACAUUUCAAGAAUACGUCAAUCAGCAAUGCGAGGAGAAGUUUUUUGACGCAUAUGCAAGUCUGGCACUGCUGAAACUGUACCAAUUCAAUCCUCAGCUCCUCCACCCUGAGACCGUGACAAACAUCCUUGUCAAAGCGCUGACUGUCUUUCCUUCGCCUUCGUUUUCCCUCUGCCUUGCUCUUCUCCCUCCCUCGACGAUUCCCUACAACCCGGGCAACACCUCGAUCCCCACCACCGACCUCACCGAAUCGAUACAAAAACUCACCCGGCUAAACACAUUGCUGGAGUCGGCCCAAUAUGAGGCAUUCUGGUCUACACUAGAAUCAGACGAUCUCUACUCGGACCUCUACGCCGAUGUUGUCGGGUUUGAAGACCUGGUGAGAAUACGCAUUGCCGGAGAGGUGGGGAAAACCUUUCGACAAAUCGACCUGGGCGUCUUGAGCGGGUGGCUGGAUUUGAGAGGUGACGCCUUGACAAAGUUUGCCCAAACUGCCUGUGGAUGGAGAGUCACGGGACAGCAGGUGGACAUUCCGGCCAAUGCAGAAAACGAAGCCAAGAGUGAAACCAAAGGUGAAAGAGUUGGGGUGGAUAUGUUUGGCCGAGUGUUUAGGAGAGGCUAUGAGACGCCCGCUUGA